AUGGCGACCCUCCAGGCGCAGGCCGAUGCUGUCCGCAACGCCGUCACAUCGAGUGCCUCAUGCACGCCAGCCACCGUCGUCUCUCUCAAGUCUCUCCUCCUCCCUCACGAUGCCGAGUCACGACAGCAAACCGCAAACUCCACGACGAAGACUGCACGCGCUGCGCCCUCCUCUCGACCACCCACAGCCGCGUCGUCGCGGCCCGGAACUGCGGCAGCAAAGCGGCGACCAGCCACAGCGCGUGACGAUGCACGGCAACCCGACGUGCAACCAUGCCUCUCGGCCAAGGAAAAGGCCCAGCUGGCGACGCACGUCAUCAAUGCAGCCUUAAAGGCCCUUGCCGAAGCGGCCAAACCGACACCACCGGCGGCAUCACAACCAGCACCGCCACAAACACCCUCACGGGCGCAACAUCUCUCGAACGGCGGCGAUGAAGUGCCUCCCAAGUCGACUGCAAGGGGCCGUCUGCGUCGGUCGAUGUCGGCGCCCGUGACACCACUUCAGCCACGCACCCUCAACCGCGUCUCGACAUCACCCACAAAGACGACCGGCAAGCCUGCCGCCGCAGCACCUGCUGCUGCUCAGAAUGCUCAGUGCUUGGCGACGGUGGAGUGCGCACGUGUCGCGUUUUCGACUCUCAGAACAUUACAAGAGACAAAAGCCGUCGCGCUCCCUGACCUUCAGCUAGAGGCGGGCAUGUCCUCAUUUGUGGCCAAGCUGCUCGGCUUGAACAUGCUCGAUCAAGCCUGCCGAGAGUUGCGCGUUCUCAAGAAGCGUCUACAGGGUACACUGUCCACGACAGCCACGGAAACCAUUUCCGCUCCGGCUACCGCGAAAGCAAGGCCUACAAAGACUGUGAAGCCAACGGCCAAGACGACAAAGUCAUCUGCACAGCAGGCUGUGGCACCAGCGGCACCACCGCCGUCGACAGCAUCGUUGGCCGCCGACAUCCUCGACUAUGGAGACGUGUCUGCCCUAUCUGUCCCAACGAUCAAGCUUAUUGUGGCGUCCCAACUCCAGGCUCUACGAAUCCUGGCCGCCUUCAAGAAGCCUGCGCAUAUCGACUCCGCGUUGCCGUUUCUUCGGCGUGGCUGCAAAUCGUCGCCCCUCCAACUCGUCUCUAUGUGCAUUACGGCCACCGCCGCGAACCCUGCAGAACUGCAAAAAAUGCUGCGGCAAAUGGAGACCCUCUCUCAGCUUCUCCUGGCUCUGGCGCCCAGCAUAUCCAGCAAGGACGACGCGACCGCAAUCGAGCCGAAGCUCAGCGUGGCACCCCUUGCCGCGUUGGAGCUGCAGACCCUCAGCCUCGAGACCAGACUGCGGUGCUGGACCAUGGCCAAGCAGGGCUCCGCCGACGCCGACAAAGAUAUUUUGACGCCGCUUUCCCGAUGCCUUUCGACAUAUGCUCGACGAAGCCGAGCUUCUGGGAAGGCACCAUCGUACUCGUUCUGCCGUGCUCGCUUCGACCACAUUCUCGAGCUGAUCCAAGUAGGACAGUUUGCUGUUUCACGGACCUCCAAAGCGCCGUUGGCAAGCGUUUUUCAAAACCUCAGUGCGGUGGCUCGGGAAGCUGGCCACAUUGACGAUGCCAUCCACUGGGCAUCCGAGCUGUUUGGUCUCGUGAACCCUAGUGAUGACUCUGCCGCAAAAUGCUGCUCCACCUCCGCUCAGCUUUUGGCGCUCCAGCUCAAGAACACCGCCAAGACGUAUGCACAGGAUAGCCAGACACUGCUCGCUAGUGUUUUGGAGACAAUCAAAGGAUCCGUCAAAGGCGACACAGCAGAACUGGAGGAGCUGCUUGCCAACGUGUGCCUGGUUCGCAAGUCCGCGGUCAAUGUCUUGAUGAACCAACCUCAGAAAAACACAAAUACGAAUUCGAAUGCAAAUUCGAAUCCCAGUACUAUCGCACAGUCGUUCAAGCUUCUCCUCGAAUCAUUCGUCUAUCAAUGCCCUCGUUUCUGCCUUCGAUGGCUCGGAAAACCACCCGCCGCCAAAAGCGGCACCAAAGAUUUUCUCCGCUACGAGCAGCGGCGCCAACUACUCACGCAAUCCAUCCGCCACACGCUUGACUCGGCUUUUGUCGUGACAAAGACCAUGAUCGAGGAGGGCCGCAUGGUCUGGGAGCAGCUGGACUCGGUUCUCAGCGACUCGUUGACUGUUUUGGAGUACCUCGGUGACUUGAAGUCUGUCGACUCCUCUUCGUCGUACUAUGUCAAAAUAUCCCACUUCUACUACCUCAGCUACAAUGUCCUACGGCGGAAGGAAGGCGACCAUGGUGACCGCGAUGCCCUGAAAGCACUACGGCGCGCAAUCGACUGCAUCAAGAACCGGCCUGGCCCCGAGAGAGAAAAGGCACAGCUCAUCCUCAAGUUGGAGCGCAUGGCAGAGCUGGCUCGUGCCACUGGUCAGAUCGGAGAUGCCCUGGGAGCAUUGCAGUCGAUCCGUUCGAGUCUGGUCGACGACGGCGCACUGAGCACGGUGACUGCGGCACUCGGAAGACUUCCUCCGAGCCUUGCAUGGACGUCGACCGACCAAGCAGAUGCUCUGUCACGCACGCUGGUCUCUAUUCACCGACUUGAAGAGGUCCACAUGGACUGGUCGGUCGGCCUCGAGGAUCUUGAGCAUGCGGCGGUUCUCGAGCACCAGCUUUAUUUCAUCCAUCUCGGUCACGGAAGUGGCAGCCUGAGCUCAAAGUCUACCCAUCCCCGUGACGGGCUUGAUCUGUCACAUCCUUGCGUUGAGGCGCUCCUUCGUAUCUACUACCCGACGCAGUUCCCGGUUCGACGGCUGCGUACUCUUCUCCGUCUCUUCUCCGCUAGCAUCGACAAGCCGGACAUUCUUGCUGAAAUUGCACCACAAACAAAAGCCGCGCUGGGCCUCAUUGAGAGUCAAGGGCUUGCUGAUGAUGUUUCUCUUGCUGGCUAUGUGCCUCACUACAAGUCGUUGGCCACUUCUCUGGCAGGCUUUUCCGAGGGAUUCCCAGACAUGCAUGCCUUUUACGGCUCCCUGUCGGCCUGGAAGUCCGUUCUCGAGGCAAACCCGACACUUGCAGAGUUGGAACUUGCCAUUGACGACAUCUCCGAAUUUCAAACGCACCUCACUUCUGUCGCUGAAUUCAUGCGGGCAAUGGGACGCGACGCUGCCAUUACACGUGUCCUGGAGCUCUCUCAGUGCCUGUCGAACAUUAUCGCUGGCUCCGGCGACAGUCGGAUCUACUCCUUGCAGCCUGCGCAACACUCUGCGCUCGCCCUGUCUUCGCAUUACCUCCGUAUGGGCGAUUAUGCAAAGGCAGAGACGACUCUGGAGGCGAUCCGCAGUCGCCUUGAUGGUUCCCAGACAGCUCCCAUGGCAGCCACAAUCAGUUUUCAUCUCUCCCGCGCCGAGUACCUAAUUGCGGUGGGCCGGUUCGACGAAGCGUAA